AAUUCUGGAGAAACCUAGAUGAUUCUUUCCCACUCCGUCAAAAACUAAAAAAAACCUUAGCUUAACUCCGUCUCUCACUUCUCACCCACUCUCUCAGUCUAUCUCAUUAUCAGCCGUCUCUCACAUCCUCUGCGUUUUCCAUUCCUAUCACCAUUGCAUUUUGAUUUGUGAAUAAAAUGGCAUCAACAUUCACUAGCAUGUCUGCAAUGGCUGCACCGGGUGCCCGUGUAAUGGAUAAGAAAUCACUAACUUGUGCUGACAAGUUAUCCUCGUUAGCGUCUGUGUCGUCUUCUAGUGCUCUUAGUAGACGACCGAAUGUUGUUUUGAGGAAGUCGCGUUCGGCGAAGGUCAAUGCCAUGGCUAAGGAGUUGUAUUUUAACAAAGAUGGCUCUGCUAUUAAGAGGCUGCAAAAUGGGGUGAACAAGCUUGCUGACUUAGUAGGGGUUACGCUCGGUCCCAAGGGACGGAAUGUUGUUUUAGAGAGCAAAUUUGGUUCCCCAAAGAUUGUUAAUGAUGGUGUCACCGUUGCAAGAGAGGUUGAGUUGGAGGACCCAGUAGAAAAUAUUGGGGCGAAGUUAGUGAGACAAGCGGCUGCCAAGACUAAUGAUUUGGCAGGAGAUGGAACAACUACAUCUGUUGUCCUUGCACAAGGGCUGAUCGCUGAGGGCGUUAAGGUUGUAGCAGCGGGUGCAAACCCUGUUCUGAUCACCCGAGGUAUCGAAAAGACUGUAAAAGCUCUAGUAUCUGAGCUUAAGUCGAUGUCUAAAGAGGUUGAAGACAGUGAACUAGCUGAUGUAGCAGCUGUCAGUGCUGGCAACAACCAUGAAGUCGGUAAUAUGAUUGCUGAAGCAAUGAGAAAAGUUGGAAGGAAAGGUGUUGUGACUCUUGAAGAAGGAAAAAGCGCGGAGAAUAGUCUAUAUGUUGUUGAAGGGAUGCAGUUUGACCGUGGUUAUAUUUCACCUUACUUUGUAACUGAUGCUGAGAAAAUGACUGUGGAGUACGAAAAUUGCAAGUUGCUUCUAGUUGACAAGAAGAUUACCAAUGCGAGGGAUCUGGUCAACAUCUUGGAGGAUGCCAUCAGGGGAGGAUACCCUGUGCUGAUAAUUGCAGAAGAUAUUGAACAGGAAGCUUUAGCUACUCUUGUUGUGAACCGAUUGAGAGGGUCUCUGAAAAUCGCUGCACUUAAGGCUCCUGGAUUUGGUGAACGUAAGAGCCAGUAUCUUGAUGACAUUGCUAUACUUACAGGGGGAACUGUUAUCAGGGAAGAGGUUGGGCUUUCAUUAGACAAGGCUGGCAAGGAGGUUUUAGGUCAUGCUGCUAAAAUAGUUCUUACAAAGGAUUCAUCCACAAUUGUUGGUGAUGGAAGCACCCAAGAAGCCGUGAGUAAGCGGGUUGGACAAAUAAAGAAUCAAAUUGAGGUUGCUGAGCAAGAGUAUGAAAAGGAAAAGCUUAAUGAGAGAAUUGCAAAACUUUCUGGUGGAGUAGCUGUGAUUCAGGUUGGAGCCCAAACUGAAACAGAGCUAAAGGAAAAGAAGCUGAGAGUAGAAGAUGCUCUUAAUGCCACAAAGGCAGCUGUUGAAGAAGGAAUUGUUGUUGGCGGUGGAUGCACUCUACUUCGGCUUUCAUCUAAAGUGGAUGCUAUUAAGGAUCAACUUGAAAAUGUCGAGGAAAAGGUUGGAGCAGAUAUUGUUAAGAGAGCACUCAGCUAUCCCUUGAAGUUGAUUGCCAAGAAUGCCGGUGUGAAUGGAAGUGUAGUCAGUGAAAAGGUGCUGUCAAAUGACAAUACAAGAUAUGGAUAUAACGCUGCCACUGGACAAUAUGAAGACUUGAUGUCUGCAGGAAUUAUCGAUCCCACCAAGGUUGUGAGAUGUUGUCUUGAGCAUGCGUCUUCGGUAGCGAAAACAUUUUUGAUGUCCGAUUGUGUAGUUGUUGAGAUCAAAGAAGCUGAGCCUAUGCCUGCUGGAAACCCCAUGGAUAACUCCGGAUUCGGUUACUAGAUGCAGUUUGAAUAGUUUGGAGGAGAUUGAAAGGGGUGAAUGAAGCUAGGAUUUUAGUUUGUAAAUCAAUGUUAGAGAGCCUCAAGCAGACAGUGAAUUUUUUGCAGAAGAAUUGCUUACCGAACUUGUAAUUUAGUUGUAAACUUGCGGGAACUUUGAGAUCAUUGGCGAGUGAAAUAAAUCUAUGCUUAAUGUUUUAUUUUUA